UUGUGCUGUUGUAUGGAUGAGAAGACGAAGAAAAGGUUUGUUUUAAUCAUGAUUCAUUCACUAAAACAUUCGUCUAAAAAGAAAAACUAUUAUUUCUUAUGUAGUCAGCCUUUAGGUUUGAGCUCCAGAUUAAGAUUGUAUAUUUGUGUGUCCUAUCACUAUAGGAAAGGUAAACUUACACCAUCAAGCUGCCAUGAAUAAGCCGGAAGAAUACCCAUAUGUUUGGAGAUUGGAUGAGAAUAGUUCAGAGUUCACUCUGUUUGACUUCUCUGAGAUAUUGCAUGCUACAAACAACUUCUCCAAAGAAGCCCAACUUGGGCAAGGUGGUUUUGGCCCUGUCUACAAGGGCCAAUUACCAGAUGGAAUGGAAAUUGCAGUUAAAAGGCUUGCCUCACAUUCAGGACAGGGUUUCAGAGAAUUUAAAAAUGAAGUGGAACUUGCUGCAAAACUACAACACAAUAAUUUGGUCAAGCUCAUGGGAUGUUGCAUUCAGGGAGACGAAAAACUUUUGGUGUACGAAUAUUUGGCAAAUAAGAGCUUGGACUUCUUUAUAUGUGAUGAAAGCAGAAUAACUUUGGUUGAUUGGAGUAAAAGACGUGUGAUAAUUGAAGGGAUAGCCCAAGGUCUUAUGUAUCUCCACAAGCACUUGCGGUUGCGUAUCAUACACAGAGAUCUUAAAGCCAGCAACAUUCUCUUACACCUGGACAUGAAUCCUAAAAUUUCUGACUUUGGGCUAGCAAAAACAUUCAGCUCCAAUGAUACUGAAGGAAGCACAGAGAGGGUGAUGGGAACACAUGGUUAUAUGUCUCCGGAGUAUGCAUCUCAAGGGAUUUACUCGGUCAAAUCUGACGUAUUCAGCUUUGGUGUGUUACUUCUCGAGAUUCUUAGUGGAAAAAGGAAUACUGGUUUCCAUGGGCAUGAAGACUUUGUUAACCUCCUUGGAUAUUCAUGGCAACUAUGGGAAGGUGGACGUUGUCUUGAGCUUGUAGAAGCAUCGAUUGCUAGUGAGGUCCAUGCGGCGGAGGCUACGAGGUACAUUAACAUUGCACUAAUGUGCGUACAAGAGCAUGCAGACGAUCGACCGACCAUGUCAAACGUUGGCACGAUGCUAAACAGCGAGAGUGUUGUUCUUCCGGAGCCUAACCAUCCGGCAUACUUCAACCCAACAGCAUCUAAGGAAGAUGAAUCGGCUAGUGUUCCAUGCAGCGCGUGA